CGAGCAUGGAGCGGUGUUUUUCCUGGAGGGAAGGGCGAGGUGUCUUCGGUGUGACAGCUAUGACUAAGGGUCACCACUGAGCAAAAGAAAAAGAUCGUUGUUGAGUGAUACUCAGACUAGAACGAAGAAGGAGCUCCUGCUGCUAGAGGCUCACUACUGGUCGACAGCAUAAGAUGGACUAGCACUUCCUGCAAGCCAUUAGGCACACGCACGCCUCUGACUCAGCUGCUAGAGGAGUCAUUUUUUUUGCAAGGUGAAGCGACGAGGAAAUUCUCAGAAGCAAAAAUAAGGCCUGCCGGACUACUACCGAAGACACGACACCAUGGGUUGCCAGAGUAGUAAAACCCACCGGAAGGUGGAGCCGAUAACGCAAGUGGGGGCGGAAGGUACCUGUGUAUUUGAUAGGAACAGGAAGUACAUGAUGUUAAUAUCCCACGAGCGAUAACAAGGAUAAGGUGCUGGAAGUUUGCGAACGAGAUGCUCUGACUUUUCACUGUGGUUUAGUACUUGUCGGACUGGCACGGACAUCCCCGUCGCCAGGAGGAACAUAGUUGGCAAUACGGUACACUACAGGCGGUAAAGCACGGGACGGAGAGCAGUUCACGGAGCUAGAAAGGUUCGACGCCGAGGGACAGGAUAUCUCGCCGGGAAAAGGUGCCGGUGCAAAUAAGGUCGAGCCUAACGCGCCGUCAACUGCGUCUUCGGCGCACGAUGUGCCGCUGCCAGGCGCCGUGGUCGGUUCCACCACACGAAGUCCGACGACAGACGAGGACCCGCAGAGUAAAACGCAGCCGCUCGCGCCCCCCGCCGGCAGUAGCGUCGUGUCGACGCCACGGAAGGGCAAUGUUGCCGCACAGAGCUCACCCUCGGCCGCGAACGCAACCGCGUCGCUUUCUCCCGACCACAAAAGUAUCACGGAAGAGCCGAGCGGGAUCGUGGUCGAGUCGAAGUCGCCAACAAAAAAGCUGAUCGUCGACGGUGAAAAGAAGAGCAGCGCCAGCAGUUCGCUCAAGAUAGACUUGGCACCUGUAGAGGCAGUGGAUGAAGCCGACCUCCAGAGCAAAGUGACGGAGUAAGAAAAAAAUUCGUCUGCUCAUACGUGGUGCGGAGAUUUUUCCUUCUUUCCUUAUGACGCGGUGGAGCUGUUGGUGCUAACGCGAGAUGGUGCUGAUGCUGAAUUUCUUUUCUGCUAUAAUCAAAAUGCAAGGUAUCUCACGUCUGACACCAAGAUUCAUCCCACGUUGAAGAAAGCCGUCGGGAUGCAAAAGUGGGGGCAGCUGGAGCUGGAGCUGCGAAAGGACUCAAACAAACCUGGGGCGAAAGACAGUCCGCUGCAGUGGCUCUGGAUAAGAGAGGCGGGAGGCAAGGAAGAUAUCGGACUCCUGGUCUUCCGCGUGUUGCGGUUGACUUUCUCGAAUUCAGUGGUCAUCUUCCACUUUUCGUUGCUGGAAAGUUUCAUCUCGCGACAGCCCGACCUGGUGGCCGGCUUUGGGGGCGUGCUCGCCUCGCUGCGGGGGGAUUUAUUUCAAAGACUAAACAUAGGUACUUUGAUCUAGAUUUUUUUGAAUCACCAUCACAUGACGGUCGUUCUUGGACGCGUGAAAAAAGUUUCGAAAGUGAUUCUAUUUCUUCAUCAGUGUAUGAUGACUAUCGCGACAUACACAGCAAACUUGCGGCUGACACUGAACUACUACGAGCAAGAGGAUCUGCCUGCGGACAGUGCGGGAGAAACCGCUUACAGUGUGCACAAAGGGUUGGAAGCCGUUUGUAAAGACCUGCAGUUUCGGUGGUUUCAGUUGACCAACACGGCAGACGGGACGAGGGGGCAGGUUAUGAACAGCAAACGCAAUCCAGAGAUUGAUCCAGAAGAGGUCACGGAGGACGACGCCGUGUUUUCCAAACCAUCUAGGCAGGCGACCUGUCCGGCAGACGAGGUAAAGACCGAGGAGGAAGAAGAGGACUAGCGAGCGUGCUAUGACCAAAAUUACCUUGUUGCUGUUGAUGAGGUUGUGGCUGUCCCGGACGCGCAGUCUUAAUUUUUAGCGCGUCUUAGCACGACCAAGCAU